CUCUCUCUCACCUUUUCCUUCUUCACCUCCUCGCGCCAACCACUGAUCACUUCUUCACUACAAAGACCUUCAACACUUUCCUCUAUAAACCGCUACAGUUUCAUUUUAUCUCAGGCUUUUCGGUGAUAUUCUCAUGGAGCAGCACGCCGGAAAACGUAGGCUCGACGUCCUUGCCGCUCACCUCUCUCCCGCCGGAGAUAUUUCUCCCGCACAUGGCCACCUUCUCCCUGCGAAUUGCUGUAGCUAUGGAAGUUCUGUCACUCGAAGGUGUGAUAAUAAGACGUACUUUGCAAGACAAGGAUCUGAAGCUUGUGGUGCCUAUAUGAGGCAAGCUUCAACUACAGAGGGUAAGCAACGUUCUAAUUCUCAGGCGUUUUCGGAUGUCUCUGAAAGACCAUUGUAUUCAAGACCUGUAAAGGAAGAAAGGAUUCUAAGUCAGAAUUUCAAUUUGAUUGCAUCUGAACCUCCCCUGUUUGCAAGGGCAUGUUUGGGAAUCAAUGAACAAAAUAACAAUUUCAUUCCGGAGACAAAACAACCGUCCUCUGGAUCAAAUGGAAUUGGUGGAUUGUCUCCGAGGAUGGAUGUGGCAGAAUCUACACGAGGUUAUGUACUGACCGUGGAAAUUCCAGGAGUCAAGAUCAAUGACAUUAUAGUUGAGGUCGAUGACCAAAAGUUGACUAUAAUCGGUAAACGCUCAAAUCAGUACUGUGAAGUGGUAGGAUACUCAAGCGACUCUAUCUCUUCAUAUAACAAGAAAGAGAUCUUACAAGGACCUUACCAGGUUGUGUGGCCACUUCCAAUCAACAUUAACAAGGACGGAGUAUUAGCUGAGUUCUGGGACGGACUACUGCGGAUUACUCUACCAAAAGUCUGAGUUGUUUUUCUCACAGGCAAACAUAUGUGAAGAUAUAUGGUAUGCUCCAAAUUGCUCUCAACAUAAACCGUCCAGUAUCUUCGUAUCCAUACAUCCCAUAUGUGAAACAUCCAAAGACAGUUUAUUCAAUACAUCUACAAUAUUCAUAUAAAUCAAUGUGGAUUGCUGUCGAAAUAUAUAUCUGUAUAUGUAUAUCUUUUUUCUGUGACAUAUCUGGUUGUGCAAUGUUGUUUUUGGAAAUUCCUUUUGGCUAUUGUUAUGAUGGUUUUUGUAUUCGACCUGUAGCUGAAGUUGGCUUAUGUUAUAUCAUAUUUUAGUUCCGAUUUUCUUC